ACUAUCCAGAGCCAGGUAUGUGGAAGCUAUAGACGUAAACAAGAAGCUGGCAGUGAAACGCGUACAGGGUCCGACGCCUAUGGCAACGCCUGUGUUGGAGCGUCGCACGCCACUGAAGGGCAUCGCCUUCCGCAAGGGCACCGCCCCAAGGCCCAAGGAUGACGAGUCACGUGAUCAGAUUCGUGAUGUCAUCGUGACAGCUUUUGCCAAGACGCUGCCACCAAUCACACGCGAGCUGGCCGAUUUCUGUUCAAGGCAGAAGAAUACGCUCGGCACCUGGAAGAAAGUUGACAGACCAGACCCCCUGUCGGUAGCAGUUAACCAGCAGCCACUGCAGACCGGACUGAAGGAGCGAUUCGUGGAGUUGGCCCUGGCCAAGACUCGGCAAACAUGGGCGCCGCUGCUUGCCACACCUUGUGCGCUCAAGUCGCGCAUGCGCAGCACAGUCGAGGACACUCCAUUCCUGCGCAGUACACCAUUCAGCGUCAAGACGGCGAGGACUUCCGGUUCUCCGCGCAGCAACGCCCAACUAGACCAGUCCGCAAAACGAGGGUUGGGAUGUGAUGAGGUGGACGAGUCGUCACUGUUGAAGUCAGAGUCCAGAAUGAAGCGAGCCCGGCUUGAUUUCGAUGACGUCAUUGACAAGAAAAAGGAGAAGGAAGAUGGCGCCUUGUUGCUAUCCACUCCAUUCAUAAAGAGGAAACGCGCUGUCAUUCCCAGCGAGUUGACCCCCCGCACUCCUCUAUCAAUUCUUAAGUCGCCGUGGAAGAGUGGCCAGUCUUCUGUGUCGAGGUACAGCGAGCGUAGCGAUGCUCCCUCCUCGCCCAUGCCUCGGCAGAUUCGCUUCUCCGAGAACAUCGAGUCGGAAAACCCCAUUGAUAAGAGGAGCUCUUCAAUUCGUUUCGAUGUGAAUUCAGCAUCUUCAUCAGCUGAUUCAGCAAAGGAGGCCAUUCAGGAGCUGAGUGAAACUGACGAAGACAUCGAUAUGACGUCGACAACCCCUCUCACUCAGUCCGACAGCGAAAAUGACGUCACGCAAGCGGGUUACGUCAAGGUCACGUUCUCACUCGACACUUCAACUCAGCGGGAAGAUGUCAUUAAAAGUGAAUUUAAAGUUGAUACAGGAAUAGACAGUGAACAGCCUCAGUCUUCACAGCCUGAGGAGGAAUCUUCUGUCAUCGAUAUUCCAUCUUCUGAUGAUAGGGUCGAUGUUCCAUCUUCCGAUGAUAGAGUCGAUGUUCCAUCUUCUGAUGAUCCGAUCGAUAUUCCAUCCUCGGAUGAUCGAUUAGAGUCAUCUCCUGUCUCAGCGGCGACAUCGCGCUUCUUCAACGAAGAUAAGAGAGAGGAAGAAGAUAAGGAGAGGUUCGAGUAUGAAGAAGAGAAGGAAGAAGAGCAGAAAACCUACCAGGAUCUGAGUACUGCGUCUGUGUUUGUCAAUGUUACCGGCGAGCUGGAAAGCUCUGUGUUUGAGGAACUGGAGGAUGGCGAGAUCGACGCAAAUGAGUGUGACCCACUUGAACCAACUGAGGAUUCAGUUAUAUCCAAAGAUAUUGUCUACAACAGUGAAGUAGCAGCGGAACCCCAAGAAGAGCCCGAAGAAAUCAAUGAUGUGGAUGACAGUAAGAUUGACAUCUAUGCUGGAAUCGAUGAUGACGAAGAUGUCGGAAAGGAAGAUAACUAUGAACCGGAAGAUGAUGAUUUAUACAAGGAAGACGAAUACAUGGAGAACUAUAGACAGAAUGCCAAUGAGGGUGAAACAGGAAAAACGGAAAUGUCUAGUGAUACACAUGCUGGAGUGGAAAAUCGUCGAGAACUAUCGGAGAAUAAGGAAGAAGAAGAGGCAAGACAAGAGGAGGAUGAAGAUAGUGAUGAUCAAGUUAUUUGUCUUGAUGACUCUUCAAAUUCUGAACCUCAAGAUGAGCCAGUGACAGUGAUUCCAAAACGGAAUAGGAUCUCAAGUGAAGAAGAACUAGACUACGAUGAAUCGAGGAUGUAUGGAGAUGAAGACGAAGAAGAUGAAGGGAAUGAGAUUGAAGACGAAGAAGAUGGUGAAGGGAAUGAGAUGGAAGACGAAGAAGAAGCUGAGGAAGAAGAAUUUGUUGAAGAGGAGGAAUUCUGCUCGGAUGAUGAUGAAGAGGCCAUGUCUGAAGAAGAAGAAGAGGAGGAAGAUUCAGAAGAUGAAGAGGAAUAUGCUAGGAGAUUGAGUGAAGAGGAAGAAAAUUCGAAUGAGUCCAAUAAAUAUGAAAAUCUUAACAAAGAAUCAUCGAUCAAGAUAGUACAAACGGCUAGUAAACGGUUGAUUAAUCCAUUCUUCAAAAAUAAAGAAGCAGCUUCAACUUCUAGUAGUAGAGAUUCAUCGGACAUUGAAAGAGUGACUUCAACUGAGGACGGAAAAAGUCAGGAUAAUGUAGAUGAAGUAAUUCAGGAUGAGGAGGAAGUAGCUACUGAGGGUAAUGUAGAAGAAGUUACUCAGGACAAUGAGGAGAAAGUAGCUACUGAGGGUAAUGUAGAAGAAGUUACUCAGGACAAUGAUGAAGAUGUAAUUCAGGAUAAUGUAGAAGAAGUAGCUCAGGAUAAUGCAAAAGAAGCUAUUGAGAGUAAUUUAGAAGAAGAAAUUCAGGAUGAGGAGGAAGAAGUUAUCCAGGAUAAUGCGGAAGAAGGAAUUCAAGAUAAAGUGGAGGAUGAAGCUCAGGAUGAUAUAGAAGUGAACGAUAAUUGCCAAGAGAAUGAUGAAUCUGUUAGAAGUGUUCCAAAGCAUUCUGAUGAUAAAGAAUGCGAACCAAUUGCCGAAGAAAUUGACCAUGAUAAUUUUGAACUGAGGAUUGAUGAAAUUACAGGUAAUGCAUCUGCUUUUGAAAGUGACCACAAUGAAAGCUUUGUUAAACUUGAAUUGAGUGAUGAGGAAGAGUCUGAUGAUAAACAGGUGGAAGUGUCCACGAAAGUUGAAGAAAGUGAUGAGGAAGUAGUGGAGUCCCGAUUGGAUACAAUUCAGGAAGUAAGUGCGGAGAAUCGAACUGAGUUGAUGAAUGCAACUAAUGAAAUCUCAAGAGCUGAAUCAGAUACAGCUGUGAAGAGUGAAGAGUUGGAAACCAAUUUAGAUGAAAAUUCGCAACCCAAAGAUGAAUCACAUGAUCACACUAACGUAGUUGAUGAUAGUAACCUUUCUACUCCACUGAGAACGAGACAAAAUCGUCGUAGAUCAAGCUCGGAAGUUCCACCUUCCAGAGAUUUGAAACUUCGACGAUCUACAAGAAAAUCGAUGUCUUCAAAUCGUUUGAACGAUCUGACAUUGACCAAUGAAGACAAGAAUGUUAGUAAAGACUUCUUCGAUAACUCGCCCACAGUUCCGCUUAGUAUACAAAGCUCUCGUUCGAGAAGAUCGAGCUCAGUGGUACACACCCCAUCCAAAGCUACUAGACAAAGUCUGAGAAAGUCUAUUUCAUCCAGCUUACUUCCAGAUGUGACUAAAACUGUACCCGGAGAAACAAGUAUGGAAGAAACUUUGAAGACUUCUAGACUGAAUAUUUUGAAAGAUUCUGACAGUUCGACAAUAAUUGAGGAGAAAUCCGACGUGACAUUGAAAAAUAGUAGUGGACAACCAGUGGUGGAAUCUAUGGUAAUUGACGAAACAGCAGCAUUUGACAUCACAAACAAAACUAACAAUGUUCAAGAAACAAUUGUGCAGGAAAAGACUGAAAUUAGUGACAACAAAACGACAACUGAUCAGGUUGGGGUGGAUGAAACUCUAAAGAGAGAGUCUGUGAUUGAUGGAACACUAAAGAAAGAGUCUGAGAUUGAGGUUGAGGUUGAUGAAACUCUGAAGAAAGAGUCUGAGGCUUCACAGAUGAUUGUUGAGGAAAGUGGUAGUGUUGUGGAGACGACUGUCAAAAGUUUGUCGGAGAUUGAGGAAAGUACUGGUAAGGUGGAAGAGGAAAAUAGUAGCAAAGUUAGAGAUGAAAGUAGUGGUAAGGUUGAAGAGGAAUCUAGUAACAAGGUUGAAGGGGAAACUAGUAGCAAGGUUGUAGAAGAAAUUAGUAGCAAGGUUGUAGAAGAAACUAGUAGCAAGGUUGAGGAAAGAGAGGUUGCAGACCAAUUGAUAGCUGCUACAACUGUCUCGGAUUCGUAUAGUUUAAAAGACAUCAAAAGACCGAGUAGCAGAGGAACGGUUUCAGAGGCUCCAGAAUCCGUCUACAACGAGCCCGAGGAACCUGUGGUUGCCAAACCUCUUCAACGACGGGCAGCGUCUGUCAGCAAACUGGACGAAGAAUCUGGCAAACUGGACCGAAUCCGACGCUCCUCCAGGCGAUACCGGUCCGGUAUGGUGUGGUCCGAGUACUCGAAGAACGUCGACAGUUAUAAAAAGCUACAAUUGAACCUGAAGAGUGUGUCGGCGACCUCUGUCUCCUCAGCACUGGACGUCGCCGAUGACGUCAGUGUGGCCUCGGUCAGAGAGAGUCUCUCGUCGGCGACAACCGCUACCAGUGCUACCAACAAGAAACUGCGUCACAGCCGGUUCAGGGACCGGUCCCGGUUGCGAACCGCAUUCCGCAGUUUCGAUGUACUACUCAGCGAUGAAGAGGAUGAGACUACUAAAACAGCUGCAGCUAACAACAAACGACCUCUCAGUCCUACCAGCUCCGUCAUUUCAGAUGUGGGAUCCUUGUCGACUGUAGCUGGAGAACCACCCAGAUCUCCCAUCAAGAACCACCCAAAUGACGAAGAAACUCUGAAAGAAACCGAAACCCAUAACGAAUCAAUGAUCACCAUUCAUGAAGAACAGGAUGACGAUAUUGUGAAUGAAACUAAUGCUGGUAAAGUUGAAUCGGUGAUUCCAAUGAAGGCAAGGAAAGCUAAAACGGAGACAAAACCCACCACCAAACGUAGGCAGUCAAUUCAGUCCAUAAAUGAUUCAGAUGAAGAAGAUAUGUCUCUCACAGAGUUAAAAAAUAAAGAAUCAAAGUCCACUACCAAACGCAGGCAAUCAACUCAGUAUGUGAAUGAUUCAGAUGAAGAUGUGGCUUUAACAGAGUUGAAAAACAUGGGAAGAAAAUCCACCACCAAACGUAGGCAGUCAACUCAGUCUGUGAAUGAUUCAGAUGAAGAUGUGGCUUCAACAAGGUUUGAAAAUAAGGAAAGAAAAUCAACGACCAAACGUAGGCAAUCAACUCAGCCCUCAAAUGAUUCAGAUGAAGAUAUUUCAUUGACAGAGUUGAAAAAUAAGGUUCUCAGCACUAGGAAAUCGGUUGCAGCUGGCAGUAAAGAGGACAAGGAAGUAUCAAAACCGGUGAAACGUUCCAGGAGUAUUUCUUCCUUGAGUGCCACCAGUAAACGAACCCAGUCCUCCUACAACAACGAGAGUGAGGAGGAAUCUUCGGUUGGAACACGUUUGAGGAGAGGAGGUAGAAUCAGUCGAAGUGAGUCACCAGUUGGAGUGAGAAAGUUGCCGAAGAGAAGCAGCACCGUGGAUGGAGAUCUUUUCGGAAACGAUUCGCCCGACACCACUCUGACUAAAAGUCUGAAAGCUAGAAUCAAACGAGAUCUGAGACGAUCGAAACUGUUGGAUUGUCCGCCCAGUCGAAGUGUUUUGGAUGUGAUUUUGUCGGAGAACGAGGAGGAAGACGAGGAUGAAGAUACUGUUGUAGAUGACGAGAACAAAGAAAAGAGACCUGUGAAGAAGCGAGGUAAAAAGGAGGUGGAUGAUGGAGGUGAAACUCCGGCGAAAGGAAAACGAGGCAAGGUCGCAGUUUUGUCGGACGUAGAAAGCAACCCAGCGACUCCUAAACGUACCAGACGAACUAAGCAGGAGGCAGAGGAUAGCGAUGUCAGUAUUUCGGCUGCCAGCAGCAGUAAGCAACCAAGGAGAGGUCGCAGGUCGUCGUCUGUCGCGCUGGAAAUGUCGCCGGUCAAAGCGCGACUGUUUUCGUCGCCUGAGUCUGUGGCCAGCACCGCCAGCACUAGCAAGAAGCGGAAACGGCUGUCAGCGCGUCUUAUGCCCGUAUCUUCCACUCCCGAAACGCAUGCUCAAUCUGUGAGUAUUCUUACUAAUAAUUAUUCAUAAAUUACAUGUGUAGAUAUCCAAUUUGUUCGAUUUUUAGAGUUGCAUAUCUGAUAGUAAUUCUAAUGAUUUGAUACAUGUCAUGCAAUUCAUGCAAUUCAAUUUAUUAGAUUUUUUUAGUGUUGCAUUUGAUGUUGAUUUUAGUGAGUUCAAACAUGUCAUGCAAUUCAAUUUGAUUUUUCAGAGUUGCAUAAUAGAGCAAAAAUAGCUUGAGAAGAUAUCCCAUGGUACAGGUCGUUCAUGUUCCAAAUUUAAUGCUAUUUUCUGUCAACUCAAGCCGAUUAAUGACGACUACUGUCUAUUAUUACUGCUUUGGCUUGGUGAGAGUGUAAGAACGGCACAGUAUGAAAGACUUCCUACGUCACAUCUACUAGCGAAAAUACAAGCAUCGUUGACCACGCAUCAAGUAGACGACUUACCAGACACCAACAGAAACUCCCAUUUAGACAUGAAACAAUGGAUGAGAGCAGCAUCCUAGAUGCAGACAGUGAUGCAGAUAGCGCGGCCGAGGGCAGUGUGAGCAGUGUCAUGUCAACCAGAUCUUCGGCGCGACUCAGAAUGAAAUCGCUGAAAAAAUAGUCAUUACCAAGCAUGAUCUACUCUUAUUGAUAGGUUUUGAGCUGUUGCUCCACUAGCUCUACAUUUUGACUAGUUUUCUUUUUGUUUUGAACCAUUGAUCAUUUUUUGUUUGUUCCAAACUCUCGAUCUAUUUUCUAGGAUACGUCGUUGAACUUUGUAACUUUUUAUGAAAUAAAGUUUUUAUUGUUAUUGUGCCCAUUGUAAUGUUUGUUUUCAUUCAUUGUGUUGAAAA